CAGAUGAAUAGGUGUGGUGUCUCCUGGAUACCGACCAAUACUUCUCAUAUAUGGCAGAUCAGGUCCAUCUAGCCUCUGCUGCCAUGGAAACAGCCCCCGCUGCCAUGGAAACAUCCAUUAGAAUGGACAUGAUACAGGUCUCAUCCCCAGCCUCACCACCUGAGGUUACCUUGGCAACGCUCUACCCUCAACAACCUACUCAGGAGUCAAUCAGCCCUCACUCCACUAAAACACAGAAAUUUGCUUCACUCUGGUGUGAGGACUGUGGAAAGAGUUACACAGCUAACUGUCCCUCCCAUGGUCCACUUAUCAAGGUGCGAGACCGUGAAAUCCCCAGCAAGGCCAAGCUGACCGUACCCCAUAUGCUGUCCCUCAAGGGCCUUGGGCUGUCCUCAGAGGGACUCAACUUAUACAGUGUUGUGGCCAAGAAAAUAGUGCAGAAGCGCACCAUGUUUGGUCCUUUGGAGGCACCUGUCUGUGAAGAAGAGCCGUCGUCAGAGCAACAGCACAAGCAAAUCAGACUUAAGAUCUUUGAUGGGAGUGGCAGCUGGACUUGGCUGGACCAGAGCAACGAGUACGACUGUAACUGGAUGAUAUUUGUACAGACAGCUCGCUAUGCAGAAGAGGUUAACAUGGUGGCCUACCAGUACAAAGACAGAAUAUACUUUACCACCACCAAAGUGAUUCCCCCAAACCAAGAGUUAAAGGUGUGGUAUGCUGGAGAUUAUGGGAGCUGGAUGGAAGCCCCUGUCUUACCCAGACUGCAGGGGGACUCAGAAGAUGACUGCGAGGAAGAGGAGCCAGUGGAGGCUGCUGUGGAGGAGGAAUGGAAAUGUACUGUCUGCCAGGCUAACUUCAUCGCCUUUGAGGAACUGGAAGAACACCAGUGUGCAUCAGCUAAACCCGGCAAAGACAAGUCAAAAUCAAAGAGUCGGAGAAAAGGGCGCCCCAUGAAGAGGAUUCGCGGAAAGCUCGUGACCACAAGAUCAAGUGCGAAAAGAAAAGAGCGUCUGUCCGCUGCUGCUGCAGUUGCGGCUGCCAAGAAGAGGAAAGCGUUACCCAAAAUUCAGCCUUUGAAAGUCCCUAAACCAGUGUUUGAAUGUAUUUACUGUUGUAAGGCUAUCUGUGGGGAGAAUGCAUAUAAGCUGCACUUAUCAGUUCAUACUGGCAAAAAGCCCUUUAUGUGUGAUUUCCCAAACUGUAGCAAAGGCUUUACAUCCAAAUACAAACUGGACAGACAUGUGCUCAUUCAUACCGGUACCAAGAACUUCAAGUGUGCCUAUUGCGAGCGCUCCUUCAACAGGAAAGACCACCUGAAGAUUCAUCUGGCAGUUCAUGACCAGAACAGAAAACCCAAUAUGUGUGACAUUUGUGGCAAGGAAUACUCCUCCAACAUAACCUUCAGGACUCACAUGGCCUUCCACGCCGCGCAGGACGGCGAUAAGGUCUGUAAAAUAUGCAACAAAGAUUUCGCUAGCCAAGAGGAGCUUAUAUUCCACAUCCGCGUCCACAGUGGUUCCAGGCUGGCGAAAAAACCCUCAGAUAAGCAUCAUAAUUGUCCAUACUGUGAGAAACGAUUCUUCACCAAGAAGGAUGUCAAGAGACACUUGAUUGUGCACACUAAGAAAAAGGAUUAUCUCUGUCAGUUUUGUCCUCAGAGGUUUGGAAGGAAAGACCACCUAACCAGACACAUCCGCGCAUCUCAUGUCACUAAAACCCUGAAAACAGAAGACGGUGGGCAAGUGGUCAUCAAGAAGGAAACUGGCAGACCAGGGAAGGGGAAAAAGGUCCCAGAAGUUCUGGCAGAGACGAUGGAAGGGCAGGAUCCCGCUCCGUCCUCAGAGGAUGUCAUGGUUACUAAUUCUGUGAACUGUCAGGUUCAGACAGUGACACCCUACCAGAUCCCCAUAUCCAUACCCUGCCCUUCCCCUCUGCCUCACAGUGUCCUUGACCCUGCCUCUGUGAUAGCCUCCAGUCAACAGUUACGACCUCACCUCACCCCUAUGGCCGUUUAUGCCACGGGCCCCCAUGUGAUAGCCGCGGAGGCCCCCACAUCUGUACCCCACCCUCCCAUUCUCCAUCCCGCCCCCCCACCGCCUCACAGUCCAUCACAACCUCCCCCCCCGAUACAGGCUACUUUUGCCAGUAUGCCUCCGCCCAUGCCACCUCCUGUUAAUCAAAUUAGACCCCUCCCACCAAGCAAUCCAGAGCUCCAACAUGGGUUCAACCAACGGCUCAAUACUCUGUACAACAACAAGUUUUGUAAUCCGCCCCAAUCUUUUGAAGCUAUGGUUGGCUACAUUGAAACACUAAAGUUUCUGGAGAAUUUACCCACAGUGGGUCCCCCUCCCCAUGGCCACCCCUUGCCCAAUCCACCUCCGUCGCCUUUUACAAGUGGGUACCUCGUGCCUCCAGAGGUGCACAUACAGAGGCCAUCACCCACAUUCCCUCAGCAGCAGCAUCCCCUCCCUCCACCACCACCUCCACCUCCCCCUGCCUCACAAAUUGCCCAGCUAGCACAACAAACACAACACACAGCCAUACCUCACACACAGCACACCCAAACAACACAGCACAGCCAUCCUUCACAGCCUCCUGGUCAGUCCCCCCAGUCAUUCCAGUAGAUUCCUCACACAUCAUGCUGCCAUACCUCGCACAACACACUGUCACACCUCACACACAACACACUGUCACACCUCACACCAAGCUCACCUAAAUACCUCACACACAUCACACUGCCA